AUGCAUGUCGUAAACGUUCACGCACCAGCUGCCUGUAAUCAGGGAAAGCUCUAUAUCUCCUUAUCAGAUUUCAAGUUUCAUUUAUGCGAAUGUCAUUCUGCCCAACGUCCAUCGCUGGAUCACAACGAUAAGUCUAUAAAGCUCUUUCGUGUUGACACCAGCAAGUCACGAGAUAAACGCUUUGCAGAUCUUGAGGGCUUACCUCAAACUUUGGACUCGCAGCCGACCUCAAUGUAUGUUGAGAAACAGAUAGUUCGACUGCUUUCGGAAACCGAGUACGUUGAAAAACGCCUGGGAUCGUGCAUACAUGCAUUCAGAGACAUGAAUCAAGUUAUUGAGAGGAUUGCUCAUCGUGUUUUCUGGGUGCAAGACCCGCCACAGCAGCUAAUCCAGGUGCUUUAUAAGGCAGCGGUACUAGGAGAGAAGUUGAACGUUAACUUCAAUCGGCCAUUCCCCCGAAGCUGGGCUCCUAUACCAGAAGACAUGAUCAGAGGGGGUACUAGGUGGACCGGAGAGAGCUUGUGUUCCACCCCACAUCAUAACCUACGAUGGUUCGUCAAAGACACCGCGAUUCGCCAAGCAGGAUGGCGUAAGCUUGACAGUGAAGAGCAACAAUCCUCGUGCAUCGAAUGUCGGGGCGCUGCAACUUAUCGUACCUUUGAAGAGGCAGCGUCACAUCUGCAACGGCAGCACUUCAAAAUUCCAGGACUUCCGCCUACCAAGGCUGACUUGCGAGCAUUUUGUCACCAGUAUCAGCCAAACAAAUUCAACGGAUGGCUCGAAUCUCAAUGGAGAGACGAUCUGGUGCCCCUAGUCGCUAGUUUGAACCACAGGGCGCCAAGCCUACAAAAGAUAUACCAGUGGAAGUUGGGAAUACUCGCCCGGUCGGACCAUUUUGUCACCAUGCUGUGGCACGAAGCUGUUGUUGGCAAUCGCAAAAGAAUGCUUCUUUCCUCGAUCGAUGGGGCAGGCAAGUUCCUGACGAUCCUCAAGGAUGCCUUUCCAUGGGACGGCUUAGUACAUUCUAUACCAGACAAUUCGAGCAAGAUGGACAUUGACGAAGAAGAUGAAAACUCAUCUUGGACAAGAAGCGACGGUGCGGUGGAUUUCAACUUGUCAGAAACGGUAUCGAGAGAAGAGGAACGGUCCUAUGAACCGCCUCUUGCAAGAUUCGUCAAUUAG